CCGCACUGCCGCAGCGAGCGGCGGCUUGUCAACAGAUCCGGCCGCACGUGACCAUGUGAACUACCUGCUCCGGGCCGCGUAUUGUCUCCGGUGAGAAGUCGCGCCACAAAGGAGCCGGUGGGAGAGCGGUCCGAAGCGCUAAGAUGGCUGAAGGCGCCCGGCAAGGGUGAGCUGGGGGCGCGGCCACCGCGGAGACUCGGCCGGGCGGCCCCCCUCGGCCGGGCACUUGGAGCUACCAUGUCGUUCGCGCUGGAGGAGACGCUCGAGUCCGACUGGGUGGCGGUGCGGCCCCAUGUAUUCGACGAGCGCGAGAAGCACAAGUUCGUGUUCAUCGUGGCCUGGAACGAGAUCGAAGGCAAGUUUGCCAUCACCUGCCACAACCGGACGGCCCAGAGGCAGAGGAGCGGCUCCCGGGAACAGGCGGCCACUCCUGCGCCUGAUGGGAGUCGCGGGCCCGGCAGCCCGGCGACCAGGGGCCGGCCCGAGGCCGCUGUUUCUGUCGCGGUGCACCGGAGCCCCGGGCCGCGCAAGAGCCCGGCCUGGGCCGAGGGUGGCUCUCCGCGCAGCGCGCGCAGCCCGCGGGGGGAUCCUCUCCGGGGUCCGGCGGGCAAAGGACCGGAGAGUCCCCUGCGUAGCCCUGCGCGGGCCAAGGCCAGCCCGCUUCGCAGAGGCGCGCCAUCCCGAGAUGCGGCCGCCGCUGCUGCCCCGCCAGCCCCGGCAGCCCCGCCGGCGCCCCCGUUGUCGUCGGUGCGGGUGGUGAGUGCCUCCGGGGCGGUCUCCGAGGAGAUCGAGGUGCUGGAAAUGGUGAAGGAGGACGAGGCGCCACCGCCGCCCCCCGACUCGGAGCCGCCGCCGCCGCCGCCGCCGCCGCCGCCCGCCGCGGAGCUGGAGUCUGCGGCUGAAGAGUGCAGCUGGGCCGGGCUCUUCUCCUUCCAGGACCUGCGGGCUGUGCACCAACAGCUGUGCUCGGUGAACUCACAGCUGGAGCCGUGUCUGCCGGUGUUCCCCGAAGAGCCGUCCGGCAUGUGGACGGUGCUGUUCGGGGGCGCCCCCGAGAUGACCGAGCAGGAGAUCGACGCUCUGUGUUACCAGCUCCAGGUCUACCUGGGCCACGGCCUGGACACGUGCGGCUGGAAGAUCCUUUCCCAGGUGCUCUUCACCGAGACGGACGAUCCCGAGGAGUAUUACGAAAGCCUCAGCGAGCUGCGCCAGAAGGGCUACGAAGAGGUGCUUCAGCGGGCGAGGAAGCGCAUCCAGGAGCUCUUGGACAAGCACAAGACUAUAGAGAGCAUGGUGGAGCUUUUAGACUUGUAUCAGAUGGAGGAUGAAGCCUACAGCAGCCUUGCAGAGGCCACAACCGAACUCUACCAGUAUUUACUUCAGCCAUUCCGAGACAUGCGAGAGCUCGCCAUGCUGCGAAGACAGCAGAUCAAGAUUUCCAUGGAGAAUGAUUAUCUGGGACCUCGAAGAAUUGAGAGUCUACAGAAAGAAGACGCUGACUGGCAGCGGAAAGCUCACAUGGCUGUGUUGUCUAUUCAGGAUCUCACUGUCAAAUAUUUUGAAAUAACAGCUAAAGCUCAGAAAGCUGUGUAUGAUCGGAUGCGAGCAGAUCAGAAGAAAUUUGGCAAAGCAUCGUGGGCAGCAGCUGCAGAACGCAUGGAAAAACUCCAGUAUGCAGUUUCUAAGGAGACUUUGCAGAUGAUGAGAGCUAAAGAGAUUUGUCUGGAACAGAAGAAACAUGCACUGAAAGAAGAGAUGCAAAGUUUACAGGGCGGUACAGAAGCUAUAGCUCAGUUGGAUCAGCUUGAAGCUGAUUAUUAUGAUCUGCAGCUUCAGUUGUACGAAGUACAGUUUGAAAUCUUGAAGUGUGAAGAAUUACUUUUGACUGCACAACUGGAGAGCAUCAAAAGACUUAUAUCAGAAAAGAGAGAUGAAGUGGUAUACUACGACACUUACGAAAGCAUGGAGGCCAUGCUGGAGAAGGAGGAGAUGGUGGCAUCUGUGUCCGCACAGAGAGAAGAGCUGCAGAAGCUGCAGCAGAGGGCACGGCAGCUGGAAGCGAGAAGGGGGCGUGUCUCAGCCAAGAAAGCCUACCUCAGAAACAAAAAGGAAAUUUGUAUUGCAAAACACAAUGAAAAAUUCCAACAGCGUUUUCAGAGUGAAGAGGAAUAUAGAACCCAUCACACAAUACAACUAAAGAGAGAAAAAUUCCAUGAUGAAGAGGAAAGGAAAAGUGCCUGGGUUAGCCAGGAGAGACAGAGGACCCUGGACAGACUCCGGACAUUUAAGCAGAGGUACCCCGGGCAAGUCAUCCUUAAAUCAACGAGAUUAAAGGUGGCUCAUUCUAGAAGAAGAAGCACAGCAAGUCCUGUGGCCUGUGAGGAGCGGUGUGACUCUCUCCCAGGAGUGCAGCAGGGAGAGGAGAAAGCAGAGGUGGGGGUAGGGGGGAGCCUGCUGGGGCCUUCACAGACAGCAGAGCCUCGGAGCCUUGUUCACCCGGAAGACACUUCUUCAGUACAACUUGAAGCCACUUCCUUACCUCCCAGUGCUGUUACCUCUGAACUGCCUCCCCCCUCGUCACUUCCACUUUUGACUAGUAGUGAUCUCAAACCUUGUUCUGCUACUGCAGAUCCACUCCCGGCCUCUGUUCCUCCAACACCUCUCCCUCCCCCACCCCCACCCCCGCCUCCCCCUCCACCCCCACCUCUGCCUGUUGCAAAGGACAAUGGUGCCAGCAGCACUUCCGAGACACUGGAGAAAGAUACACUUAGGAAGGAGGGCUGUGAGAAGAGGAUCCCAAAGUCAGCCAGCGCCCCGUCAGCACAGCUCCUGGACAGCAGCCAGCUGGUCAGUGCCCGGAAGAAGCUGAGGAAGACUGCUGGGGGUUUGCAGAGGAGGAGAGUGAGUUCCCCCAUGGAUGAAGUGUUAGCAUCCUUGAAGCGUGGUAGUUUCCAUCUGAAAAAGGUUGAACAGCGGACUCUGCCUCCUUUUCCUGAUGAAGAUGAUAGUAACAAUAUCUUGGCGCAGAUAAGGAAAGGGGUGAAAUUGAAGAAGGUUCAGAAGGAAGUUUUGAGAGAAUCCUUCACACUUCUGCCUGAUACAGACCCUUUGACUCGGAGCAUCCAUGAAGCUCUCAGAAGAAUUAAAGAAGCGUCCCCCGAGUCGGAGGAUGAGGAGGAGGCUUUACCUUGCACAGACUGGGAGAACUAGCAGGUGACUUAACAGAAAGAAGAAAAAACCCAUGGAUGAAGACUGGCUCUGAUUCUUUUGGGAAAAAGUUUAAGCUCUUGUUCCCAUAAUUGGAUUCCAUUAGAUUCCGAGUAUAUUGGCAAAGUGGUAUGAAAAAAAGGAAGCACAAUUGGAGGAUAUUACUGUUCAGUCACUCUCACUGGUAGUGGUGACGUCAGUUUUAUAUGUGCAAUGUUCCUGACUGCCCUAAGAAGGCCUCCUGGAGACGGCUGUUUCUUACACACCUUCUCUUCCCAUCCACCCAUCAUAAGCUCAUAGUGGCCAGUUACACUAGGGUCACUGUGAUCAGAAGAACACUGGGUUGGCAGAGUUCUUCUGUGUGAGCUGCUUUGGGAUUCAUCUUUCAGUCAACUGAGAAGAUAUUUGCUGAAGCACAUUCCACAUCAGCUUCUAGAAAUAGAGUGACAUGCUAAAAAAGACAUUCAUCAUGGUAGUUACAGUCAGGAAUUACAAGACAACAACAUGGAAUGCACUUACAAUUUCCACAUUUUUCAUCUCCAGAGGAGGUAUUCAGUGUCUGAGAAGCCAAUGGAGAUUACCUAUUAAUGUGUGCACCAAAACAUGGCACAUUUAACAAGGCAUAUUUUUAAGAGGCCACAGUCUUACAUUUUGUAAGAGUUUGAAGUUAAAAUUUCCAUGCUUUUAAAAUAGCAUUUCAUAUUUCUGAAUUUAGAAUAGUUUGAAUUUUAUGUGCACACUGUUUAUGAGAAGCAGUGCUUCGUAAUUUGAUAAUGUUUCAAAUUAUUUUUAGUCUUUUUGUUUGAACUACUGCUUGAUUACUGUAACUCAUGACUUUCCUAUUGAGAAUCAAAAAUCAGGAUUCAACAGUAGGGAUACAGAUUACAACUCUUUGUAUCAUGCACCAGUUUUAAGUUUUUAUGUUAUGCUCCAUGGUGAAGAGCAUGUGUUCAGGAAAGGUCCAGAAGGUAGCCAAUCCCAAAAUCCUCCAGCUAGCAUUUCCCUGUUUGCUUAUGCUACGCACAUGCGUAGUUCUAGUGCUGACUUAGCUGUGUCUUAAAGGGUCCAUUUAUGAAUGGAGCUGGCGUGGAUUGUCAGUGGGAUUAUGUGGACACGCAUGAAGGGAGAUAUGCUGGACCCAGUUUACAGCACACUCUAGUGUGUGCUAAUGAUGAAGACAGAUCUUGGCCUUAUGGAGGGAUUAAAAUACCAAAAAGAACUUCAUUCCUAGAAAGUUCUUCCCCAGCUUAGCCCAGAAACCACCUUGAAGAGAGAGCACCUCAGUGUCCACCAAUGGUUUCCUCUAGAAACACGGCUUGCCUUUUUGUCAUUUUUAAGAGAUAUUUUUCUUUAAUUAUGGAAAAAAAUUCUGGUAACAGGUUAAAGUAAACCAAAUCUUUGCACUUAAAUAUUCAUAGCAUGUUUGUUGAUGAGACUGGGAGUUUCUGUAGCAUUUAUUUAGAUACUGGAUUUCGUCCUAACACAGUCGUACAUCUUGUCCAGAACAAUGAAAACAGCUGAUACAUAGACCUCACCCCAGGAUGAUAUGUGGGUCCUUUAGACCCACAGUAAAGUGUCAGAAUGUGUUUAGCCCAGAGUUAUUGGCUAGAUAAAAUAUUUAAAAUAAAAUGUUUGAAAAAUUGCAAAGUUUUCAAACUUCCUAGAAGUCAUCCAUCAUUUAUACACUUCUAAUAUUAAAGAUCCAUACAUCGGUAUUUUAUAUAUCCAGUUGUUUUAUUUACUUUUGAGACCAGGUUUUGCUGUGUAGCCCUGAUUGGCCUGGAACUCCCCAUGCAGACUGGAUUUGCAGCAUCUACCUGCCUCUGCCUCUCCAGUGCUGGGAUUACAGCUGGGUGCCAAGACAGUUGGCUCCAUUUUUUCCUGUUUUUAAAGAUUCAUUUUUUAAAUUAAAUUAUGUAUGUUCACAGAGGCUCUUGCCAGGAGCUAGAUUUACAGACCCCUCACGUGGUUGCUGGGAAUCAAACUUGGAUCUUCUGAAGGAGCAGUGCAUGCUCUUAAUCCCUGAGCUAGCUCUUUGGCGCCCCCCCCUUUUUUUUUAAUUUUAGGAAAAUGUGGACUAUAACGUUAAAGUAACAAUAACCGCUGGGUUGUAAUCAGUCUUGGCACCGAACUCCUGGCCUUUUAGGUGGGGAAUGCGUGAGAUCAAGAGCAGCUCUAAGCACAUCCUGUCACAGCUCUUGAGGAGUGCCUCUUUCUCAACAAUCCACGACUACAGCAGGGAGCCUUCAACCCAUUUUCAAGCAAAUGAUUUUUCGCCCAACAUGCUGGUCCCCUCAGGACUCUAGUUCCUGUCCUGGGGUGUGGCUGAGGGGUCACCUUGUGUCCUUCUGUAGCGCCGCUUCCUAGCCCCCAAGAGAAGAUUUCUUACUGAUAAAAUAACACACCAUUGGAGUUAUUCACAACAAUACAAUUAAAAUAGUGUAUAGGUGUUCAACAAAUCAUUAGAUGGAGCCGCAUUAAUUUAAAGUGGAUUUAGAGCCCCAGAAAAAUGAUACUAGGGAUGGUGGGUUUUUCUCCCCCUCCUCUAUCUUAGUUUCCUAGGCACUUAUUAAAACAAGGGCCUUUCUUUGGCUUGGUUUUGGAUGAUGUCAGCAGACCAGAUGUGAUGAGCUCUGGCCUUCACAGCACAUUCCUAUGGAUUCCCAGUCUGCUUAGACAGUUAGGCUUCUGCUGGGUCAGUCUAUAUCCACAGACCCUGCUUGUUUGUGCUGUUCCCAGAUACAGUAGACUGAAGACAGGAAACUAGUCGAUGACUUGGGGAUGCUUAGCCUAGUGUUAUUGUUCAUACUUGAACGUCAGUUUCAAAUAUUCCCCUAAUACAACCAAAAUUGUGUAUAAUAGCCAGUGUAGUAUGUAUUGAAAACGGUAUCUCUGAUGAUUUAAAGUCCUAAUUGUUUUUUAGCAGUAAGAGAUUGCUAGAGAAUGAGGACUUUUAGGGGAUAAGCAAUGACCUUAUUUAAAGAGUGCUUUAUAGGGGGAUGGAGUUCAUAAAAACAAUCAUUCCUAGGGGUUCAUUGUGCACUUAAACUUUUUUUUUUUUUUUUUUU